AUGACAACCAAGGCGGAUAAAAAGCUGGUUGAUCUGCUGCAAAAGCGAGAGCGACUUGUGGCUACACGAGAGUUGGUUGAGAAAUUUGUGGCUGCAUACGAUCACGAAAAGCAUGUUAUCCAAAUACCGGUGCGACUAGAGACGUUGAACAGGACCUACAAGGAAUUCCUUUCCGUGCAGUCGGAAAUCGAGCAGCUGGACAAACCGGAAACCUUCAAAGCACAUCUAGCGGUGCGGUGCGAAUUCGAGGAUGCUUUUUGUGAAGCCAAAGGUUUCCUGCUCUCCAAGGCAGAUCACCACACAGCGCAUGCGGAUACUUCGUUGAACUCCAGCUUUACUCAUUCACAAGGACCGUCAACAUUCCAUCACAGGCUGCCCAAGAUUGAUCUACCCAAGUUCAAUGGAGACGAAUCAAGAUGGAUUUCAUUCCGAGACAACUUUGUUUCCAUGAUUCACAUCAACGAGGACAUCCCCGUAGUCAACAAGCUACAAUACCUGCUACAAUCGUUAGAGGAUCCCGCCAGAAAACAAUUCGAGACUGUUGAGAUUCAAGCAGAUAAGUACGCGCCGACCUGGGAGGAACUCUUAAAGAAGUACGACAACAAACGCUCGCUGAGAAAAACCCUAUUCCGAAGACUGUACGAGUUGCCAUCAAUGGAAGGCGAAUCAGCACAACAUUUGAACACGUUGGUUGACGACUUCCAGCGACAUGUCAAAGCCCUGGAGAAGCUUGGAGAGCCGAUCAACCAGUGGGAUACACCGCUCGUAUUUAUUCUCAGCGACAAACUGGAUUACGCUACCCUACGUGCUUGGGAACAGGACUCAAGCAAGAAGGAGGUGGUGACCUACGAGGAGUUGAUAGAGUUCCUGAACAACCACGUUCGCAUGCUGAAGUCUUUCGCAAGUGACUUGCAGCACCGUCAAACCGGCAAUGUCAAGGUGGCCGGCGCUAGUCAGAAGAAAUCCCAAUCAGUUAAGUUCAUCGCAAACGCAGCCACAUCGGAAACAAGGACGUACACACCGCAGUGUCCGUCAUGCUCGAAGCAGCACCUGUUAUACGAAUGUCCAGCAUUUACUAAGCUUGCAGUGAUCCAGCGUCGCGAGCUGGUCACCCAACGAAGCCUGUGCUGGAAUUGCUUCCGCCAAAAUCACCAAGCGCGUGCCUGCAGAUCGAAGUUCUCCUGCAGAAUAUGCCAAGCGAAGCACCACACGCUGCUGCACGACCCAGGUGCACCGGACCACACUCAAGACGCAGCUGUGGCUUCCAAUUCCACAGCUCCUCAACACAACCCGUCUACAACCAUUGGAACCUUUGGAUUAGGAAAUUCCUCUGAAACCAGCCUUCCAAUCGUAGCGAAGCAAGAUACGGUUCUUUGGAAACAGUAA